CGCGCGAAACUUCAAAAUGACGGCAGAGAAAGCCAGUUUUUCCAAAAAAGUUGUUAUUAUCGAAGAAGACAUUCCCGGAGCGAAGCUUCGUCGGGAAAACGUUGAAGAGUGUACUGUACCACAGCUUAGACGAUGGCUGUUGUGUAGAGGAGCGAAAACAAGCGGCAAGAAAGCCGAUCUUGUCAAGAGAUAUAACGACUAUGUCAAGGGAGGCCUUCAUUUAAAAACCUUACGAGAUCCGGAUGGAGGUGUGCAUCUUGCGCGAAAGAAAGUCUUACUGGGUUUAAUAGAUGAAGUAGACCCUCCACAUGUUACUGAUAUUUUCCCUAAGGAUGGUUUCCAUGAGGAUCUUACUGAUUUGCCACAUGUAAAUUUUGACAUAGACUUUAGGGAUGAAAAAGAUCCAAAGACUUUAAGAAUAACAUCUAGUGUCAGAAUGUGCUCUGAACGUUUCAAGGACGAUGGUGUUAAAUAG